AUGGCGCCCGGUGCCAUUGUCGAUGAUGAAGGCACCUUGGCAAUCUUGUCCAAGCAGGACGCCGUGCCUAAUCUUUACCAAGGUCUCGACGAAGAUGAGCUGCGGGCCAAGUCAGACAAGCAUCUUCUUUACUAUGGCUCCAAGUUCCACCAAGAUGUAAUCACUGGCGCUCGCGGGCUGUACAUUUACACUGCCUCCGGGCACCGCAUCUUGGACUGGACCUCGGGCCAAAUGUCCUGCCUUCUUGGCCACGGACACCCCGAGAUUGUCAAGGUCAUUUACGACCAUGCUCUCCACCUCGACCACCUGUUCUCUGGGAUGGUGUCUCCCCCAGUCAUUUCUCUCGGGGAGCGUCUCUGCAAGGCACUCCCCGACGGACUUGACCGAGCCUUCUUCCUGUCCACUGGUGGAGAGAGCAACGAGGCGGCGAUCAAGCUUGCUAAGGUCUAUACGGGCAAGUUCGAGAUUGUCGGCAUUGGCGCGUCGUGGCACGGCAUGACGGCACAGGCGCAGGGCACCCAAUAUCACUUCGGCCGUCGUGGCCAUGGCCCGCUGAUGCCGGGCAUGCACAUGCUGCCGGCACCCAACGCCUACCGCUCGGUAUUCAGGAAGUCAGAUGGGUCGUACGAUUGGGAAGCCGAGCUGGACCAUGGCUGGAAGAUGAUUGACCUGCAGUCCUGUGGAUCACUCGCCGCUUGCAUUGUUGAGUGCAUUCAGAGCUCCGGUGGUAUGCACGUUCUGCCGCCGGGAUACCUCAAGGCGCUGAAGAAGCACUGCGAGGCACGAGGAAUGUUGCUUAUUGUCGACGAGGCCCAGACGGGAGUCGGUCGGUGCGGAGACUUCAUGGCCAUCAAUCACGAGGAUGUGGUUCCCGACAUUUUGACCCUUUCCAAGACCCUCGGAAAUGGCCUUCCGCUCAGUGCCGUUAUUACCAGCGACAAGAUCGGCUUGGAGGCCGCCGACAGAGGCUACUUCUUCUACACCACGCACGUCAAUGACCCUCUCCCCGCAGCUGUCGGCGACAAGGUGCUCGAGAUUCUGUUCCGCGACGACUUGGUCGCUCAUUCGCGCAAGAUGGGCGAGGUUCUUCAUACCGGACUGCAGAAGCUCUACUCCCGAUACGGCUGCAUCGGCCAGGUGCGCGGCCGAGGACUGAUGGCGGGCGUCGAGAUUGUCGAAGAUCGGGAAACCAAGGCGCCUGCGAACGAGCUGGCCAAGCGCGUAGGAGACUUGGCCUACAGUCUUGGACUGUGGGCGAAUCUGAGUAGCCACCCGAGCUUUGGAGGUGUCUUCAGGAUCGCGCCUCCGAUCACGGUCACGGCCGAGCAGAUUGAGGAAGGGCUUGACAUUCUGGAGAAGGCCUUUGCACAGACGGAGGGAACUCUCCCCUUGUACUGA